ACUGGGAGCCUGUCUCUAUGACAACGUGGUGCAGGCGGGGUUUGCCAGCUGGAGGCAGAGUCAGUCAGUCAGUGCUCAGUUGGCAUCAGCGGCCCGAAACCUCCACACCGCAUCACGCCCUGAGUGGAAUGGAAGAAAAGGACAAGAAAGAGCAUGGGGAGUACACCGGAGAGAUAAAGGGCGGGCUGCGGCCUUCAAUGAAGCUGGUAGUGAUGGGAAUCAUCAACAAAAAGCCCAAAAGCAUGGAGGUGACUCUGUCCAGUCACCCUCAGGAGGAAGAGGAGGAGGGCGACGUGGGUCUCCAGCUGAAGAUCAGCUUCAUGGACAAAGCCGUCCAACGUAACGCCCGCAUGGCUGGAAAGUGGGGAAAGGCUGAAAACAACCUUUCCUUCUUUCCUUUUGCAGCCGGAGAAUCCUUCAAGAUGGAGAUCGUGUGCGAGCACCAGCAGUUUCGCAUCCUGGUGGACGGUCAGCCCCUCUGCGGCUUCACCCACCGGAUCGCCCCGCUCGCCUCCCUCACUGCCUUACGAGUCUUUGGAGAUCUACAGCUCACCAAGGUGGCCUAACACCAGCGACAGAGAACAGCAGCGUACAUAGGGACGUCCUGGGACAGUCAGAGUUUAGAAUAGAGCCAGUUUUUGAGAGAAUAAAGUAACCCAUGAUGGAAGAUAAACCUGCCUCGUAAUCACGUGUUAAGACAAAGUGCCUUCACUAGAUUACUUAUUUGGAGACUUGAAGAGAAAGACCGACAGUCAUCAAUGUCUUACAUAAACCGAAGAAUGUGAUUUGAAAUGAGUUUUAAUGCCGAUGAGGUCGAAGCUAUAACAUUUUCCCUAAAUGAACAAAGUGAUGUGUGGCUGCAUCAGUUUCCUGGUGCUUUAAAAUCUCAGACCAAUGCCUUUGAUUUCUCUGGAGUUAACUUUUGAAAGCACUUAACGUUUACGAGCGCCUGCAUGAAGAUGAAUGUUCACACAAACAAUUGAUUGUCAUCCUGUGCCCGACUAAGUACUGUAACAAUAUUCAUUCACCGCGUUCACACGGCAGCCGUUUUCCUGUGACGUCCAGCUCAGGACGAGAAACUUUUAUGAAGUUAUUAUUUAAAGCAGAAUGAAAAAUGUUUACAGGCAUACUCAUGUUUGGAUUUAAGUUAGCAUUCAGAGUCGGGCGUUAACA